GUGUGGUUCGGAGGGCUCUGACCAUCAUUUCCUCGUCCAGGCUGACUGGCAAAGGUAGGGGGAAAUCAUGAGUUGGCUGAUCUAACUUAUGGAACAAGGAACCGUAAGGGGAGGGGGGGGGUUAGAGUGUAACUUAUCUGGUUGAACCUGGUCCCGGGAUGAUCUUUGGACGAAGCCAAGCAAGAAUCUCAAGCAAUCUCCAAUGAAGACUCGUUCACCUUUAUGAAGAAGUUACACUCUCCUGGGAAGAGGUCAAAUCAAGAGUAAGACACGAUUAGGAUAAAACCAAGCUGGAGAAUCAAAGCUGUCAUUUCCAAGAGGAGCCAAAGGAGCUGCUGUUAACGCAACAUGAUCCGCUGGGUCUUAUCCUAAAAAUACCUCCGUUCAGGCGAGUGGUCGCUGGUUCUGUGCCGUCUGAUUACCUGCUCAUCAACAAUUCCUUUUUCAGUUAACCAAAAAACAGAUAGAUGUGAUAACUGCACAGAUGUUAGCAAGUGUUUUAUUUUCUGCACAUAGUUAAAUGGAUGGAUAAUCUGAUUAUUUCUGCAACUUACAAUGUGACACCUGUUGAAAGACUUACGGGGCCCUGCCAAGAGUUUGGUUCGGAUCAACGAAGUGCCAUUUUCCCACAGUUAGGACAUACAGGUUGAUAAUUCUUUGUGCCCUCACUUUUAAGUUCAAUCAUGAGGAAAGCAGAUGUACCAAUGACCCUUAAGAAGGGGGCAGAUGAAGCAGCAGCACCCCCAAGUCCCAUCAUCCCACCAAAACGGUCCAAAACGAGCCCGGAUCAGAUAGUCCCCGGUCAUCCCAACCCAUCUCCACCUGUUUUCAUCCGAAAAAUGAGGAAUGCCGCCGUGGGGACAGGCUGCGACAUUCGACUCAAGGUGACAGUGGCUGGACACCCCCAACCAUCCCUGUACUGGUACCACAACGAUGAGCUCCUUAACAUGGAGAACCAGGAGUACGGAGGCCUUUGGAUUAGAGACUGCAAACCCAGUGAUGCUGGUCUCUACACCUGCAUCGCCAAUAACCACCUGGGAGAAGCUCGGACGAGCGCAGUGCUGGCCGUCUUAGAUCUGGGAGAAGACUCUGAAACAACAGAAGAUGAAGGUGGAGACCAGUUCGAGACCAAAGAGGACGGUGGGGAUGUUGAGGACCAGGCGUUUUAUGUGAUGGAAAAAGUUGGAGAGGAAAAAAGCAGAGCACAUGGACACGAGGAUCUCUCUACCAGAAGCCAUCCAGAAGACUUUGUUAGAGAAUCUCCACCCCAAGUUCUUCCACCACCAUCGCCAAGGCUGGUAAAACGUACGCCCUCCUCUCCGAUGCCAAGUCGCUCUGGUUCAACUACACCUGUCAGCUCACGUAAGAAAACUGUUGUGCCAACCGAAUAUCAAGACACAGUUCCAGGGGAGUUUGAGGAGAAGACUAAGCAGCCAAAGAGUGUUUCUCAGGGAGGGGGGCAAGACUCCAGACCACAGACCCCACUGAGUGAGUGCUCCAGAAAAGAGUUCAACCUCAGACCAUCUCCAAAGCUUACAAGGGCAAGCUCAAAGGUUUUUGAGAAGGUCCGGGGCUUAGAGGAGCGCAGACGAAGUCUUGAUAUUCCAGAGGGGUCAGUCUCUGGAAGAUCCUGGGCAGGAUUCAACCGUGCUGGAUCUGUAGAUUCAGAUGAUGGUGGAAGCCGGUUGGGCAUCUCCAGAGAAAGUUCAAGAGAAGAUCUCAGAGAAGCUUUGAAAGAGGAUGCUGCUGAGAGGAGAUCCAUGUUCAAACAGAGAGCUGCUUCACUGGAGGAGAAACCUCGCUACUCUCAAAAAGUUCAAGAUAUUGAAAACAAGUUCACAGAAGAGCUUCAGCGCAUCAAAAAACUUGUUGGGAAACCUCAUCUAAAAAAAUCCUUCUCCACUGAACAGCUCACCCUGAAGGGGAGGCAGCGUCAACCUCUCCGAAAAAUUGAACCAAUCCCUCCACAAGUCCUACAGAAACUGCAAGAAAGAGAACGGGUUCAGUUGGAAAAGCAGCAGAAGGAGAAGGAACUGAGUCAACAACAAAUGCAGCAACAACAGCAGGAAUUGCAUCAACUUCAUCCCCAAAAGACAACAACUGGAUCAACAGGAUCAGCAGUUCCAACUUCAGGGAGAAUUAGAAAUCUCCCAGGGCCCCCAGAAUCAGUACAGCUAUCAGAUCUGCCAGGACAACGGUUUGUCAGGGAAUUACAUAGAGUAAGUCCAGUAACAGAAAUAGUUCAAAGGUCAACUUCACCAGCAUUACAUCAACAACAAAGGGCAGAAUCACCCAGUGUCACAAUGACACUUCGUAAAGUUGAACGAAGGCCUCCUAGUCCACUUGUUCAAAGAGUAACUCGAAUGCAAGAAUCCCCACAUAUCCAAGAACCUGAGACAGGGAGGAAAACACUAGCGGAUAUAUCAUUAAGAAAAAUUGAAAACCGACCGGAAAGUCCCCUGGUACAGAAAAGGGCUGUCAUUAUGCAAGACCUCUCUCUUCAACCUCGUCCAAAAUCCCCAAGAGUAACAUCAAUCACCCCAACAGAAGACGCAAUAGAAGUGGAGGUGUCAAAACCUGCCUUAAAAUUAAAGGUCCCCACAAUUGUUGUUGAAGAUGAAAGAAUGGAUGAGAGUGUCCCUGCAAAGAAAACUGAGCCCAAGCAAAAAAACACAAAUGCCAAGGAGGGAAAGCCUUUGAAAACAAAAGGAAAGAACCGCCGUCCUCGUCCUCUUUCGCCAGAAUUAGAUUCUUCAGAUGAUUCCUACGUUUCUGCUGGAGAAGACCCAAUGGAGGCUCCUGUGUUUGAGUUUACCCUCCAGGAUACUGUAGCAUCCGCUGGAGCAGAUGUGCUACUAAAAACUAUUAUUGCUGGAACACCUUGUCCGGAAGUUACCUGGACAAAAGACAACACUGAUGUCACAGGUAUGCUAAACUACCUGGUCAAAGUGGAGGGUGAACGUCAUAGUCUGCUAAUAAAAUCGGCUAAAACAUCUGACAGUGGAAAAUACUGUGUAACUGCUGUUAAUCAGAUGGGAAGGGCCACCAGCACUGCCACUCUUACAGUUAAAGCAGAAUCUGCACAGGAGCCAAGGGGAAGUUUGGGUGUGCCAAUGGAAAUCAGCAGCCCUAUAACAUCUGAUGAGGAGUAUCUAAGUCCUUUGGAGGAAGUUAUGGAUUUUGGAGUUCAAGAGCCAAAACGAACAAUUGAUGCCAGAUUUAGAGAACCUCCUGCUUUUCUGGCGACAAUGACAGACCAAGCUGUCAUUGAAGGACAGGAGGUCACCAUGUCUGUUCGAAUUACAGGCCAACCCAAACCCAUGCUUUAUUGGCUGAGGGACAGAGUCACAGUGAAAACAGACCCCCGUCACAUUGUACGCGAGACCUCAGAUGGCACCUUUGAGAUGACCAUCAAGUCUUCAGUGAGAUCAGACUCUGGACUUUACACCUGUCGCAUCAUUAAUGAGUACGGGACGAAGCAGUGUGAAGCAAGGCUGGAUGUUAAAGCUCCUCCAGUUGAGCCUGGACUGUCCGUCAUCCGUCCGGUGAGGGACAUCACAGCGAAGGCCGGGGAGACGGUUUUAUUCGAGUGUCAUGUCAUUGGACCAAAAGACACUGAUGUGGACUGGCUCGCCGAUGGGAAACUGAUCCAGCCCGCCUUGCUAAACUGUAAGAUGCACUUCGAUGGGAGGAAGUGCAGACUGCUGCUCAAUUCUGUGCAUGAGGACGAUAGCGGGACGUACACAUGCAAACUCAGCACAGCUAAAGAGGAAAUAACAACAAGUGGGAAACUCAAAGUCAUCCCAUCACUGGAGCCUCUGUUCACUCGGAAGUUGGACGUUUUAGAAGUGAUUGAAGGUCGAAACGCCCGAUUCGACUGCAAAGUCAGCGGGACUCCGCCUCCUAAAGUCCUCUGGAGCCAUUUCGAUCAGCCGCUCAUCGAAAGCGAGGACAUCAGAAUUGUCCAGGAGGGUGGCCGUCAUUCUCUCAUUAUUUCCCACGUGACCAACGACGACGAGGGUUUCUACACCAUCAGAGCUCGAAACAGUAAUGGAGAAGCCGAGAACUCUGCUGAACUCUAUAUACAAGAACCACGGCCAGCCAUCUCCUCUCAGAUGGCCAAACUAGAGAAGAUGCCAUCCAUCCCCGAGGAGCCCGAGGUCCCAGAGAACGAAUUGGAGCGCUUCACCAUGCCCGACUUCAUCAAACCUCUCUACGACCUGGAUGUGAUUGAGGGAAAAGAAGCUGUGCUGAAGUGCAAAGUGGCCGGUUUGCCAUAUCCUACCAUCACCUGGUUCCAUAACGGGAAGAGGAUAGAGAGCACGGAGGAUAGAAAGAUGACGCAGUUCCGAGACGUUCACAGCCUGGUCAUCCGCUCUGUGUGUCACGCUCAUGGUGGAGUUUAUAAGAGUGUGAUCGCCAAUAAAGUGGGAAAGGCCACCUGCUAUGCACAUCUCUAUGUUACAGAUAUUCUCCCUGAUCCUCCUGAUGGAAUUCCAGUGAUUGAGAACAUCACUGGGAAAACCAUCACUUUGAGCUGGAAGAAACCCAGAAGGUUGGACCCUUCCAUUGAUCCCAGCUCCCUGAUGUAUGCCAUCCAACAGCAAGCUCUGGGCUCCAUCCAGUGGAUUAUAAUUGCCUCUGGUCUAAAAGAGACAACCUACACCAUCACCACCCUCUCUAAAGGUGUGCGCUAUGCAUUCAGGGUCCUGACCAUAACCUCUAAAGCCUUUAGCAAACCCUCUCCGGCAACGGAUCCGGUUCAGCUUCUGGACAAAGGUCCACACCUUCAGGAAGCUCCAGUGAUUAUUGAUAAACCAGACGUUGUGUAUGCUAUUGAAAACCAGUCGGUCACAAUCUCCAUCAAUCUCAAUCAUGUCAACGCUGCCAUCACCUGGAAAAGGAAAGGUGUAACUCUGGCAAACAAGCCUGGCAUGUAUGAGAUGGGGAUGCCAGAUGACGACCAGCAUACACUCAAGCUGCUGAAAGUUAAGAGUUUGGACGUUGGUGAGAUGAGCUUUGUGGCCACCAAUGAGUUUGGAAGUGACAGCUGCAGCUUCAGGCUGGAGACGGCUGCUCCACCAACAUUUGAGACAAUCAUGGAAGACCUGGACGUUUGCACUGGGGAGACUCCUCGCUUUGCUGUGGUUGUGGAGGGUAAACCUGUCCCUGACAUCCUCUGGUUUAAGGGGGACACCCUGCUGUCAGAGAGCAGUCACUACACCUUUGUCUAUGAUGAUAAUGAAUGCUCCCUGGUGGUCCUAAAUGCUCAUCCUGAAGACUCUGGGGUGUACACCUGCACCGCCCGAAACCUGGCAGGAUCUGUGUCCUGUAAAGCUGAGCUCACUGUUCAUGAGGCUAAGAGGGAGGAAUCCAUGGAUGAUGAAGGGAGUUACAUGCGGAAGAUGCACAGAUUGACUGAUUAUUAUGACAUCUUUAAGGAAAUUGGAAGGGGUGCAUUUUCCUACAUCAAACGAGUGAAGGAAAAGGCAACCAAAGCAGAGUACGCUGCAAAAUUCAUCUCCAGUCGAGCCAAGAAGAAAGACUCUGCUCUGAGAGAAAUGAGACUGCUGUCCAAGCUGGACCAUGAGAGGGUUCUUUAUUUCCAUGAUGCGUUUGAGAAGAAGAACACGGUCAUCAUCAUCACAGCGAUAUGCCAGGAGGAGCUUCUGGACAGAUUCAUCAGAAAAUCUACAAUUCUGGAGUCUGACGUGCGAUCAUGCAUUCGACAGAUACUGGAGGGCUUAGACUACCUUCAUCAUCUGAACAUCAUUCACCUUGAUAUAAAGCCUGAUAACAUCCUCAUGGCAGAUCUCCAAAGUGAUCAGAUCCGUUUAUGUGAUUUUGGAAACGCUCUGGAGGUCACGCCUGAUGAGGCUCAGUAUUGCAAAUAUGGCACACCCGAAUUUGUCGCUCCAGAAAUCGUCAACCAAACACCUGUUUCAAAAGCUACUGACAUAUGGCCUAUAGGUGUUAUAACCUACCUGUGCUUGACAGGAAUCUCCCCGUUUGCCGGGGAGAGCGACCGCAGCUCUUUGCUGAACAUCAGGAACUAUAACGUGGCUUUUGAGGAGAACAUGUUUGCUGAUCUUUGUCGAGAGGCUAAAGGCUUCAUCAUCAAGCUGUUGGUAACAGACAGACUGAGACCAGAUACACAGGAAUGUCUCAGACACCCAUGGUUCAAGAUACUAAGCAAGGGGAACACCAUCAGUACAGAGGGCCUGAAGAAGUUUGCUUCUCGUCGAAAAUGGCAGCGUUCUAUUAUCAGCUAUAAAUCAAAAAUGGUCAUGAGAUCCAUACCAGAGUUGUUGAAUGAUUCCUCGAACCACACCUCCAUUGCAGUUCCAAGGCACCAGAAAGAGGGCUCGCCUCUGCCAUCUUCAUCCUCUGAUUCAGAUGAAGAUAUCGAUGAACUUCCUUUUAUUCCGAUGCCACUUAACAUGGACUUCUCUGGAUCAAGAAUGUCACUGAAUGACAUUCAGACCAAUGAACAGGAAACAGGAAAGGAGAAUAAAAAAAGUCAGUGGUCUGGAUCACCUUCUGAUAGCCAGCAGGCAAUGGAGUUUUACUCUCAGGAGCAGGAAACAUUAAGAAGUGAGGCAGGAGGGAAAGGCCAUCUUCGAAAACGCUCUACUGAAGACAGUGACAAAGGUUUUUCAGAAGAGUCACCUGCUGAAUUGAUCCGGAAAUCAGAACUAUCAAGAAAACCCCUUAAAAGAGGAUCAAGCAUGGAGUCUGACAAGGUAGAAGGAGGCCGGAAAAGAGGAGAACUACGGCGUGGUGGUUCAGCUGAUAGCGCUCUGCUGCUACGGAUUACUCCAGAAGAAGGAGCUGCGGUAGAAAAUGCUGAAGAAGGACGGAGAGUUUUAAAGAAAGCUGUCUCCAUGGAACUACCAAGGAGGAGCACCAGCCCUGGAACUGCAAAGAUGAGUCAAGAAGACUAUGCUCUUAAAUUGGAGCUAAUGAGACAAAGACUGCUUCGUGGUGGUUCUGUAGACAACAAGAUGAGUGGUCUGAGAGGACCUCUUUUGGAGACAUUAGGGAUGGGCGAUGAAAAGCGAGCAACACCAUCAGAUCACUACUCUCGCAAUGUUCGUCUUGGCCCACCUCCACUAACUAGAGCUGCAUCGAGUGACUUUGCAAGGGACGAAGUUCCAAAAACUAAAGUUUUACGUAAAAGCACUUCUUUUAGUCAGGGCGAUUCAGAACCCAUACCUUUACAUCGCAGAUCAGGAGCACCUCUGGAGAUCCCUGUUGCACAAAUAGAAGAACGGCGGCUAAAAGAAGCUAUUUCCAUGUCAGCUCUGACAGAACAAACAAAGUUAGAUUCACGUCCAGAGACUCCAAGAGAAUCUUCUCCAAAACCACAUACUCCAGAGCCUGCUAUAACAGAAAAGCAAUCCAAAGCAGAGAGUCAGUAUUCCCUUAUGGAAAAAGAGAUCAGAACAGAUGAUAGCAUUAGUGAAAAGAUGGAUGGACUGACUGCAGACAUAAAUUUUGAUGAAAGGUCAAGCACAAGUGGAUUCUCAGAGAAGGACAUGAGUAUUUCAGAGGAACCAUUGAUUGAAACAGAAAAUGUGGGCCAGACAAUUCCCACAACUCCUGAUAUGGUCCAAAGCUCUGGAGCAGAAGAGAAAGUGUUAGAGGAGAAAGAAGAACAAAGAAAGGUGCAUGAAGAAAAGCAAGAAUUUGCAAAAGAAGAUGAAAAAAGACUUGACCACACAGCUGAGUUGUUUAAAGAAGAUGUAGAAAAGACAAGUACCCCAAAAAAGUCUUCUGAGAUGAUCAUAAGCACAAAUUCCGUUAUGAUGAAACCAACAAAAAAUAUUAACCAGCCCCCAGUUGAUGUCACUUCCACAUAUAUAACACCCACACUUCCUGCCCGAGUUGUUCUUCCAGAUGGAAGAAUGUCAGCUUAUGCCAGUAUAAUGCAGACCAUCGUAGUGCCUACCCUUCAGCCUCUCAACCCAUCACCCCUAGCCCCUUCUACUCCAAUUGUUGUUCCAGCGACUACUUCAGCCUCAGCUACAUCUCAGGCAUCUUCACUACAGAUCACAUCAUCCAGCUCACCUGGCUCACAGAAGCCAAUCAUGUCAACCACUGAGCACCCUGCAGUCUACUCUAGAGUAGCAUCACCAGAAAUGAUCACCAAAGAACCUAGCCCACCAAAGUCCUUUACACAAACAUCAUCACAGCAAGAGCUCUCAGCUGGAGCUGACUUAGAAAAUAUGACCUCUGAAGAGGUCUUCGAGACCCGCUUUAAAAAACGCGAAUCUUCCCUUUCAAGGGGUCUGAAAUUUCUAUCAAGAUCAAAGAAUGAAGAUUCAUUACCAACAAUCCAAGCUACAACAGAGACAUCCGAGGAGAUAUACAGACCUGGGCCAGUUGGUGCUCCAUUACAGUUGGCCUCAAGGAGACUUGAAGAAAAGUCUAAAUCGGUCCAGGAUCUUCGUGAAGCUCAAAAAGAUCAAGGCUUCAUGAAAAGGCUCUCUAUGCGCUUGAAGAGAACUCCGUCGACAGAGCGCACUGAUGAAUUAUUGAAAGAAGAUGAUUCCACUGGUUCAAGACGUCGGCUCUCUUGGACUCUGGGCAGACGGGGUUCUCAGGAAAAGAAAGAGGUAGAGAUGACAAAGAUGGAUGGAGAAAGUGAUAAACCAGUGGAAGAAAGGGAAGUAAAGAAACCUAAUGAAUCACCAGUGUUGGCAAUGCGGAGGAAGAUUGAAUCAACUGUGGCAGGGAUUUCCACAAGAAUUCGUAGUUACUCAGAAGAGAGACGGGCCUCAGAAGAUAAGGAAUCAAAAAGAACGCCAAUUCUUUCAAUGCUUCGUCGGUCAACAUCAGAGAGUCGUGCUAUGAAGACUGGUACUGUUCCUCAAAACCAGCUGUUGACUCAGGCCAGUAAUGGGGCCUCAUCAGAGUCACUUGACUCAAUGUCGAGCCUAAAAUCCGAAACAUCAAAGGGUAUUGAGGUUGAGCGGAGAUCAAGAUGGGAUAGAUGGGGCUUGACAAGAGGGAGACGAGACAAAACAGUAUCUCAGCCUGACAUACCGACCGCAAUCUCUCGAGACAAUAGUUCCUUACGUUCACGCCAGUACUCCAAAUUAGCUUCUGAUUUUCCUCCUGUGUUCCAUAUAAAGCUCAGAGAUCAUGUCCUUUUGGAGGGUGACCCAGUAACCCUCAGCUGUCUGCCAGCUGGAAGUCCCCACCCACACAUUACCUGGUUAAAAGACAAAAAGCCUUUAGAGAUCGAUGGAAGAAUGAAUAUGAUUUCCUGCCCCGAUGGCCGACAGCUGCUGAUGAUCAUGCAAACCACCAAAAAAGAUGCUGGGGUGUAUGAAUGUGUUGCUACAAACCCCCUGGCCUCUGUAUCCAGCUCUUGCACCAUCUCCCUUGCUCGCCUGCCAAAUCGUCCUGGGACCCCAGAGAUUCCUCAGAAAUAUAACAACACUGCUUUGGUGGUGUGGCGACCCUCUGACACCAUGGCCCCUUGCACAUACUCUCUAGAGAGAAGAACAGAAGGUGACAGUAACUGGCUGAUAGUGGCAACUGGAGUGGCAGAUUGCUAUUACAAUGUCACGGACCUGCAAGCAGGGGCCUCCUUCAGGUUCAGGGUGGCUUGUGUCAACAAAGCUGGUCAGGGCCCCUACAGCAACCUGUCAGAGGUUGUGACUCUGGAUACCACAGAACCAUCAAAAACCAGUGCUUCUGUAGUUGUUAAGACUGUUCCUGCCACAAGUCCUCCACCACCCAUGGUGAUGAUGUCAUCCAUGAAAGUGCCUCCCAUCAAACCAGCUCCCAGUAAAUCCACAACUGUAACUUCAGUGUCAGCUCCCGUUUUGUCAGUGGCUAAGUCUCCAUCUCCUGUAACCAUCAAGCCAGUUGAGGUCAGUCCUGGACAUACUGCAGGAACUGUGCCUACCAGCUCACCCUCUGCUGAACAAGCUCCAGUGCUCACAACAGUCGCCCAAGUCACAUCACCAAAAGCAAAAACCUCGAUCAGUAUCAGCAUGAGCAAACCCCAGGCAAAGCUUACAUCUCCACCUGUGGUUCCACCCAAACCUCAGAGUCCUGUAGUUGGACCCCCCACCAUGACCAUCAAACCACCUUCUCCUGUUUCAACCGCUGCUUCUCAGAUCGGGAAGCCUAUUUCCUCUGUGCCACUGUAUGUUCCAGCAGCAACAACUCGUUCCACCCCAACUUCUCAAGCUGCUUCUACUCCAACAACUACAGCACAUUCAGUCACUUCUGUGACAAUGUCCCCACCGGUUGUGAUAGUGCAGAGCCUCACACCAGUUCUACAGAGAGGGGACAGCUUAAGUACCCCUACUGGGCGGAUCACCCCAUCCGGACGUCUCACACCUUCUGGACGCAGGACACCACUGGGAAAGCCAGUGGAGGGAUCUUUACGCCAGGGGGUUCCACAGAAACCGUAUACCUUUAUGGAUGAGAAAGCAAGGGGUCGGUUUGGUGUGAUACGGGAGUGUCGUGAAAAUGCCACAGGCAACCUCUUCAUGGCAAAGAUUGUUCCUUAUGAGGCAGACACCAAGCAGGCAGUGCUUCAGGAGUAUGAUAUCCUUAAAUCUCUUCAUCAUGACAGGAUUAUGGCUCUACACGAGGCCUAUGUUACACCACGCUACCUGGUGCUCAUUUCCGAGUACUGCAGUGGGAGGGAGUUGCUCUACAGCCUCAUAGAAAGGUUCCGUUACUCUGAGGAUGAUGUGGUAACUUACAUUGUGCAGAUCCUUCAGGGUCUAGACUACCUACAUGCUCGCCGCAUCCUGCACCUUGAUAUCAAACCAGAUAACAUCAUAGUGACGCACAUGAACCUCGUCAAGAUAAUUGACUUUGGAAGUGCUCAAACGUACAACCCUCUUUUUCUUAAGCAGUUCAGCCCUCCAAUUGGAACACUGGAAUACAUGUCUCCAGAGAUGUUGAAAGGAGAUGUUGUGGGUCCUCCAGCAGACAUCUGGAGCGUUGGUGUCCUGACUUUUAUCAUGUUGAGUGGCAGGUCGCCUUUCAUGGAAAACGAUCCUCAGGAGACUGAAGCCAGGACCCUGGCAGCCAAGUUUGAUCUGUCUAAACUUUAUCAGAAUGUGUCACAAAGUGCCUCCUUGUUCCUAAAAAAGAUCCUGUGUAGCUACCCUUGGGCCCGUCCGUCAAUCAAGGACUGUUUCAGUAACUCCUGGCUUCAAGAUGCCUACCUGAUGCGCCUUCGCAGGCAGACUCUCACCUUUACAACAACUCGUCUCAAGGAAUUCUUGUCCGACCAGCAGCGCCGGCGGCAGGAGGUGGCCACCAAGCACAAAGUCCUACUUCGGUCCUACCAGAGUUCCCCACUAACACCCAACAGCCCUACUAAGCCAACAGUGCCCACGUCAGCCUCUACACCUGUCACACAGUGAAGACUUCCAAAUAUCCACUGGCAAGACUUUACAGGUGGAGAGAGUCGAUUUCAGAGUGAGGCGAGGCUUUCGACUGGAAUCUGUUUAUUGUCCUUUUCUCUCUGGUCAAAACAAGAAUCUAAGAAACUGCCUUCACAGCUAAGGGAACUUUGGGUCAUGCUGAAAGAGGCGAAUAACCACAGCAUGAGCCUCAUCAAACAGAAGAGGAUGCUGUCUUUGAAACAAGUACCUCAAAGUUGCAACUUUUUAAUUCAUUUUAAAUUAAACUUGUUUUCGUACCAUUGCAUCUACCUUGAUGCAAGAAUCACUCAUCACAGAAAGUGUCACUGUAAAUAAAACGGUGGUUUUUGGACUUAUUGAUAUCUAAACUGGGUGAAUUCCAAACUGAGGAGCGCAUCUUCACAACAAAAUCCACAUUUAACCUAUUGAUGUCAAAUUAAUUAAUACAAUUCACUCUAUAACAAAAUCAAAGGCAGACUGAAUAAUUUCCAUCAGGUCUGCUUUUUUUCCCAGUUUCACAGCAACCCCCCUGUGGUCAAUAUUGUUCUGGAAAGGCUAAGAUGGGCUACAUGAGCUUGAAUAUAUCUGUAGUACCUUACUGAAGGUCAGGAAUGUAGCAGUUCAAAAAUGGACUACUCUCCUUUUGAUUUUUAUUUAAUGUCCUGACUUUAGAAGUUAAUACAUGUGGCUUCCAUACAAGGGCUAUGAGGAAAGAAUGAUGCUCAUCAUACAGAGGAGCAUAUUGAUAAGUGUCUAAUUUUCGAAAGCUGGGAAAUUUUCUAUAUGUUGUGGUAAGGUCAUUAACUUUACUCUAAAAAAAA